UAAUUUUUUUAUUUUGUUGUUUUCAAUUCAGUAACGUUAAGGUUAUGUAGAACAGAAACCUAAUUAUUGUACUUUUAUAUACAAAUUUUAAGGUUUUGAUUGUUACUAUAGAUUAUUUAAGACAUAAGAAGCGAUGUAGAACGUUUUAAAGUAAAAAUGGAUUCUAAGUACGCUUCCAUAGGGAGAGAAAAACCGAAAAUUACAAACGAUUUAACAGUUAAAAGGUUAAAACUAUGUGUUAAUAACGCAAACACAAAAAAAGAUAAAGAGCAGACAACCAAUGGAGCAACCAAUAAUAAUAAAUUUGAAAAUAAUUUUCCUAAAGAGAACACAGAAGACCUCAAGGAAGCUAGAAAAUCAUUACCUGUUUAUUUAGUGCGAACCAGAAUUAUAGAAGAAAUAAAAAAACAUGAUACAAUGAUAUUAAUUGGUGAGACAGGAAGUGGUAAGACCACACAAAUACCUCAGCUUAUUCAUGAAUAUCGACUAGAGGGUAAGAGUUGUGUGGCUGUGACACAACCGAGAAGGGUGGCUGCAAUCACUUUAGCUUUACGAGUGGCAGCUGAAAUGAAUACUGAUAUUGGAUCUAUAGUUGGGUAUUCAGUAAGAUUUGAAGAUGUAACAAGUCCGAGAACGAAAGUAAAAUAUUUGACAGAUGGAAUGUUAUUGAGAGAAGCUGUAACAGAUCCAUUGCUGAAGAAAUAUUCCGUUAUUGUGUUAGAUGAAGCCCAUGAACGCACUGUAAAUACAGAUGUCUUAUUUGGAAUUGUUAAACUCGCCCAAAAGGAAAGAAAUGGACAGAAACAAAAUCCGCUAAAGGUUAUAGUUAUGUCGGCGACAAUGGAUGUGGAUUCUUUUAGAAAAUAUUAUGAUAAUUGUCCUGUUAUAUACUUAGAGGGUAGAACUUACCCUGUAACAAUUUAUCACUCUAAGAUUAAACAUGAGGAUUAUCAGUAUGCUGCUAUAUGUACAAUAUUCCAGCUACAUACAACAACUCCAGCCAAUGAAGAUUUCCUUGUGUUUUUAACUGGACAGGAAGAAAUUGAAACAGUUAUGUCCAAUAUAAAGCAAAUAGCUAAAGAAACUGUUGGUCCUCAAAUACGAGUAUGUCCUCUAUAUGCUGGUUUACCCGCCGCUAAACAGUUGUUGGUAUGGAAAAAAACACCCCCUGGAAUGAGAAAAAUUGUGUUAGCAACAAACAUAGCUGAAGCUUCUGUGACGAUACCAGAAAUAAGAUAUGUUAUCGAUACGGGUGUUGUAAAAGAGAGGACGUGGUGUACUCGUACCGGUGCUGAGCGUUUGUCAGUGGUGCCGUGUUCUCAGGCGGCUUCCUGGCAGCGAGCGGGGCGCGCUGGACGGACUGCAGCCGGCGCCUCCUACAGACUAUACACAGCCACUGAUUUUAAAUGCAGGCGGCAACACAACAUACCGGAAAUAGUACGUUGUCCGCUCACGUCAACAGUGCUGAUGUUGAUAGCAACUGGCUUGGAUCCCGGGACAUUUCCAUUGAUAGACACGCCGCCGAAAGAUUCGAUACAUGCUGCUUUAUUGUUAUUAAAAGAAUUAGGUGCCGUAGAUAAUGAAAGUAAUCCAAAAUUAACGGUUCUCGGAAAGAAGAUGACGGCAUUCCCAAUAGACCCAAAAUAUGCCAAGAUCCUUUUAUGUGCUCCAGAGUAUGGAUGUUUGGAAGAGGCUCUGAGCUUGGUGGCGGUAAUGUCCAGCGAAAAUGUGUUUCACACGCCAUUACACAAAAGGGAAGACGCUUUGAAAGUAAAGCAAAAAUUUAUAUCGCCUCUCGGAGAUCAUAUCACGCUUCUGAACGUUUAUAGAGCGUUCUGUAAGGCGCCUCUUAAAAAGCAAUGGUGCCGUGAAAACUAUUUGAAUCACAAGAAUUUGUCUUACGCUUUUGAUGUACGUCAGCAGUUACUGCUAGUUUGCCAGCGAUUAAAUUUGGCAGUAUCGAGUUGUGGAAAUGCCACGGAUCAGUUGCUGAAGUGUCUGCUGAGCGGUCUCUUCACGAACUGCGCGUGGUCCCGGGCGGGCGGGCGGUACGUGACGAGUGCGGGCGCGGCGGCGUCUCUGCACCCGUCCAGCGUGCUGCACGGACGUCCUGCGAACCCUGCACUAGUCUACACGGAGUUACUGCAUACGCAGCGGUCGUUCUUAAUCAACGUGUCCGUGGUGCAACCGCAGUGGCUGCAGCAGGUUGCGCCCGAAUACGCCAGGCGGUGUCGCUCGAACCGGUGACGAACCGAACCGAACUACAGGUGACUGGUCAUUGUGGAUGAUGAUGGUUAUUGGCGGAUGUUGAAGAAUGUUUUUUACUUAAUUUGUCUGUGCUAUUUUAUUCAUAAUUCAUAUAUUAAGCUGACUUCAAAAGGGAAGGUUGUUGUUUUUUAAACUGUUCUUAUGUAAAGGCAAACCAAAUGCUUGACUUCGUUUGCAGUCUCUGUAUCAAGUAUGUUAGAAUCGCGUUGAUAGUCAAGGUACUUUUAAAUUUUAUUUCAAUAACGCUCUAAUUUCUACGCAUUUGUUAAGUUUAAAGAAUCAAUAACAAUAUUAAUGUCAUUUAGUGUAAUUUAAACAUUGAAGUUGUUGUUUUAGUUAUACUGGAUUAAAUUUUAUUUAAUCUGUAAUAGUGAACUAAAAGUUAAAAUGUUGAGUUACUUACAACAUUAAAUGGAGAGUAAUUAAAGAUAAGGCUUUGAUUUUGUUCAAAUGUAAACACAAUUUAGUUAAACAAUAAAAUAAUUGUGAAGGAAAGUCCAUGAGACAGGUAAGUGCCUAUUACACUUGUAUAAUUUGAACUUGUAUAAAAAAUUAAGUCUUAUAAAUAAAAUGUAAUGUCUAGAUUCGUUAAAAAUAAGUAUAUUUUUAAAUAUCUAACAUCUGUUUCAUCCACACCACUGUGUUAUAUGUGAGUUGCUUAAUUUAAAAAAAAUUAAGUUUAAAUAUUUUAGUGAUGUUAAAAUGUUUAUUAAAUCAAGAUUAUGUGUCAUGUAAUUAAUUGUACGAAUUUAAAGUUACCUUUGUAAUAUUAAAAUAUAUAAACUUA